AGUCAAUAUAUAUAAAUAUAUAUCGUUCUUGAUUCUCGACUUGAUUUUUCAUGCCUUCAUCAGACAGAGAGGUACCUACAUUAGAUAUGGCUCCAAAGAAAAAAGGUGAAGUUAUCGUAAUCAUGGGUGUCAGCGGUGCCGGAAAAACCACAGUAGGACAGAUGCUGGGAAAAGAGAUGAAAUAUAAGUAUCUUGAUGCUGAUGAUUUUCAUUCUGAAUCAAACAAAGAAAAGAUGGGCAAGGGAAUCCCACUCACUGAUGAAGACAGGAUGCCAUGGCUUGAAUCACUAAGAGAUGCCACAAAAGAACACAUAGUUAACGGAAAUAGUGUGAUUCUUGGGUGUUCUGCAUUGAAGAAGCAAUAUAGAGAAACAUUAAGAUCAAGUGACCCUGAUUACAAAUUGGGAAGUUAUGAAACAAGUGCUGUUAGCUUUGUACUGUUGGAAGCUCCUGCUGAGGUGCUAAGUGUUCGAUUAAAAAAAAGAGCUGCGGAAGGGACACAUUACAUGCCGGCAUCUCUUUUGCAAUCUCAGUUGGAUUUGCUUAAGAUUGAUGAAUCUGAGGGAAUACUUAGGGUUGAUGCCACUUUAAGUCCUCAAUCCAUUGUCAAAACCAUUAUUAUAAGCAUUUUCCAAUUUCAGGACUCUUUUCAUUCAUCACAAUGUUGAAACUAGAAGUUAUCUAUAAUAAUAAAUAAUACUAAUGAUUAAAUCAGGUUUCAUCAUUAA